CCUGGCGCCCGGCCGUGGUCCCGCGCGCUCGGCCUCGCGCCCCCGCCAUGGCCGGCAUUCUCUUCGAGGACAUCUUCGACGUGAAGGACAUCGACCCCGAGGGAAAGAAGUUCGACCGGGUGUCUCGUCUGCACUGCGAGAGCGAGUCCUUCAAGAUGGAUCUAAUCUUGGAUGUCAAUAUACAGAUCUACCCUGUGGAUCUUGGGGACAAGUUCCGACUGGUCAUUGCCAGCACCUUGUAUGAAGACGGCACACUAGACGAUGGCGAGUACAAUCCCACGGAUGACAGACCAUCCAGGGCUGACCAAUUUGAGUAUGUAAUGUACGGGAAAGUGUACAGGAUUGAGGGAGACGAAACUUCCACGGAAGCAGCGACACGCCUCUCUGCUUACGUGUCGUACGGGGGACUACUCAUGAGGCUCCAGGGCGAUGCCAACAAUCUGCAUGGAUUCGAAGUGGACUCCAGGGUUUACCUGCUGAUGAAGAAGCUGGCUUUCUAAGGCCCAGGGAGCCGACCUGGCCAGAGGGCGAGCCAGAACUUUGGCUAGCCACAUCUGGGAACGGACUUACCUCUCCGGGACUCUCUUCUCUCCCAAACGCCCGGUGGGCCGAUGCGUCGGGCCCACCCCAGCCAGUCCGGCCCGGAUUCAAGCCCAAGGAGCAGCCCUCUUCCCCGCAGCCGGCUGCCGGUAAGGCGGGGUCGUCCGGACUCUGCGCAGGGCGGCAGUUUGGUAUCCAUCUGGGGAUUCGCGCUCCUCCGCCACGGGGCCCGUGCCGACGGGGGAGAUCGGCCCCGCUCCCGUGAACCUUGUUUGGGAUAAAACUGGAGUAGCUCAAAAUGAGCCGGAGGUUACGGUGUUUUGAUGACCCCGACAUUAAAUUUUACUUUUAUA